ACUAUGGAUUCAAAACAGUUUUUAACAACUUUCCAUAAAAUUCUGAGCAAAUCUCCGGUUUAUUGCUCUUCUUUAACAGGCAUUUUAAUAACAGGAUUGGAGGUACUGGUUGGACAAAAAUUUUCCUGCCCAUGCCUUUAUGAGCUGAAUAUAUAUCGAACAGCGUUCAUCUUCAUCGGACCGUCUCUUCUUACAUUCAUGUUAAUGUUUUCCAUGUUAAGACACUCUAGAUACGUAUGCUGUCGGUGUUCUGCAGGAAGAAACAACGCUAAAGAUGAUGACUGGAAGAUUUGCCCAAAAGGUCUUUUACAUUGUCUGAUUCCUCCUUUUAUAUGGACUUUCGCUUUAUUACUUGAUGGGGAUUAUCUGGCUUGUAGCUUGACGAAGUGGAAAGGAAAUUAUGUUUUCAAUGAAGAAAUAAACGGCAUGUGGUGUAAACCCACUGAAUGGCCACAGACAAAAAAGGAGAGCAAACUUCGACAUGAGUAUGUGGAGUUUAUCCACCAAUCUAAGACUUACGGUUAUGCAGUGAUCACUAUCUUCAUAGUUUUAGUCAUUUCAUUGGAUAGGUGUUGCUGCACCUGUGUAAGAUGUCCAGAUACACAGACGGAUCUGCAUGGACAUAAAGGAGGACCGGAACUCAAAUCACCUGUUCCUCUCCCCAAUCCCAUCUCUACCACUUCAGAAGAGAGUGGACUAAGAGAAGAAAACUCAUAAAACGGCAUAUUACUUGUUUACGGUCUUUGGUUAAGUUUUUGUCUUUUAAUGAUAAUAAAUGGUAAAAAAAAGUUUCCUGUGGAGUGAUCAAAAUACAAUUAGACUAUAUAAUUUUCUAUAACAAUUAUAUAAUAAUUAUAUACAAUAAUUUAAAGUCUGAAGUUAAUAGUUUUUAAAGCGACUUGCA